CUUCCUGCCGAGAGCCGGCCAGCAGAGCCUCUCGGUUCGGCGGGGAGGCUGGGAAUCCGCAUCCUGCAGGCAGAGGGUGCUGUGAUAUUGCGAAUUGGAGCUUCCCUGCCUCCGUUCCCAGCCUUGGGCUGGUUUGGAGGGGAGGGCGAACAGAAAGAAAAAAUAGAAAAAAGAGGAAGAGAGGAAAGAGAAGAAAACCAGACACGACCCAGGGAGAGAAGACUGUAACUCCAAAGUCCAAUUCCUGACAGCUUUAAGAUAGAAGAUCUGCUUUUCCCAGAUGUGGUACCUUAUCUUCUGUCUCCCUGUCUGGGCUGAUGCAGCCUCCAUGUAUGGUGAGAUCUUCUCACCCAAUUAUCCUCAGGUGUAUCCUAAUGAUGUGCAGGAAUCUUGGGAAAUCCAGGUCCCUUCAGGAUAUGGCAUUCACCUUUAUUUCACACACUUGGAUCUUGAACCAUCGCAGAACUGUGAAUAUGACUCUGUGAAGGUUCUGUCAGAUGGCCAUGUUGAAGGCACACUUUGUGGGCGGAAGAAACCUCGCACCUCUGGCUCCUCGAUUAUAGAGGAAUUUCAUGUUCCUUAUAACACCCUCACUUUGAGCUUCAAAUCAGACUUUUCCAAUGAGGAGCAUUUCACUGGAUUUGCAGCCUACUAUGUUGCAGUGGAUGUGGAUGAGUGCACAGAUUUUGUGGAGGUACCUUGCAGUCAUUAUUGUAAUAAUUAUAUUGGAGGUUACUUCUGUACAUGUCCACCAAAUUAUUUCCUCUAUGAGGAUAAGAAAACAUGCGGAGUGAAUUGUAGUGGAAAUGUUUUCACUGAGCCAUCAGGGGAGCUUACCAGUCCCAAUUAUCCCAACCAGUACCCAGAGAACUCACGUUGUGAAUACCGAGUGGUUCUGAGGCCAGGAUAUUUUGUGGCUUUGACCAUACGCAGCGGGGAUUUUGAUGUGGAACCAGCCAACUCAGAAGGGACUUGCUAUGACAGCUUAACAAUUAUCUCUGGAAAGCAGCAUUUUGGUCCUUAUUGUGGCAGCAAAUUCCCAGGUCCUCCUGACAUCAAAACUAAGAACAAUGUUCUUGACAUAAUCUUCCAGACAGACCAUGAAGUACAGCACAAAGGCUGGAAAAUACGCUACUAUGGGGAUCCUGUUACCUGUCCUCCAAGUGUCAUCCCCAACUCUGUUCUUGACCCAAAGAAGGACAGGUAUAUCUUCCAAGACAACGUAAAGGUGACCUGUGUGGAAGGCUAUGAAAUUGUCAGGCAACGAGACAGCAUUUUCAGUUUUCACUCCAGCUGUCAGGACAAUGGAGAAUGGAGCAACUCCAAUUUCAUCUGUGUUCCUGUGAACUGUGGUGAUCCCAUUCCUAUUGACAAUGCCCAAGCCAUAUAUGUCUCUGAACAUCAUGAGCCUCUGUACAAAGCUGCUUUCCGCUAUCAGUGUGAUGAACCCUACUAUACCCUAAAAACCAAAGGGGAUGUGGUGUAUCACUGCUCAGCCAAUGGAGAAUGGGUCAAUGAAGAGAUGGGAACAAAGCUACCAAAAUGUGUCCCAGUCUGUGGGGUGCCUAGUAAUCCCAUCCAAGAGAAAGGAAAGAUUUUUGGAGGCACCCUUGCAGAAAAGGGCAACUUUCCCUGGCAAGUGUAUUUUGAUUACCCAAGAGGAGGUGGUGUACUCAUCGCUGAAAGAUGGGUAAUGACUGUGGCUCAUGUGCUGGAGGGAUAUGACAAGCCCAACAUGUAUGCUGGGGUAAUCAAUGUUGGUAGAGAAUCUCUGUAUAAGGAGGGCAAGCAGCUGAUUGCAGAGGCUUCAUUCAUCCACCCUGACUGGAAGAAGGAGCCUCUAGACACCAAGACUGAUUUUGAUCAUGAUAUUGCACUACUGAAACUGAGGGACCCUGUGAAGAUGGGCCCAAAUAUCUCUCCUCUCUGUCUGCCUGGUAAAUCACCUGAGUAUGAGCUGCAAGAAGGGAUUCUGGGCUACAUUGCUGGCUGGGGCCAGAGAGAGAAAGGAAGACUGCCUGUUUAUCUUUGGAAGGCCCAGAUUCCUGUGGUGGACAUGGAAAAGUGCAGAUCUGUGAAACCAGAGGGCUCUGAUAACUCCAGUGCUUACCAGUUCACUGACAAUAUGAUCUGUGCUGGUGGUGGCAAGGACAGCUGUAAGGGGGACAGCGGUGGAGCUUAUGCUAUCCAAGAUCCUCUUGAUGACAGACGGUACUAUGUGGCUGGGCUGAUCUCCUGGGGACCAAGAUGUGGUACCUUUGGUCUUUACACCAAGGUAGUGCGUUAUUUGGACUGGAUUACAGAGACUAUGAGCAAACAUGAGGAUGCAGAAGCUUGGCAGGAUUAGUUCCUGCUCCUUUCAGCACGGUCACCCUUUCUAAAUAUGGUGGUUAUGUGUUCAGGCUGGCUGUGAUCCUGUUCACUGUGUGUGUAUAAUGGGCCUGCUUGUGUCUGUGUUGAGUGGAGAGGCUGGGAAGAGAAUUUCGCUUUAUUCUUUCACUCACAGUUGCAUAAGAGGAUGAUGCUAUUCUGGAUAAAGAGGCUCUUUCCGCUUUCACUCUUUUAUUUCUAUCCUGGUUUUUUUUCCCACUUGGAGAGGACCAAGAUAUGUCUCACCCUACAGAGAGGUUUCUAUGAAGUUAGGAGAGAGUGAUUAUUGGUUCCUGGAAUAGGUUCAGAGUUUCUGAUGUAUGUAUUUCAUGUAGUGUGCAGAGUAUCUAACAGUAUUAAACAAUGUUCAAAUUGCCUUUU